UUUCCGACCGUUAAAUUACCUGACCUAAACGGUAAUUUAACCGUCGGUAAAAGUUCCUCAUGUCAUUCGACAAAUAUCACAGUAGCCUAACAGAAAAAGCGGCUGUUGGCGAACGCGCAAAUGGACCAAGACAACGACAACUACUUCGGCGGCGCUUUCUCCCACGAACUGCCGUCGGCGCUACCCUCUCCGACGCUGCCGCCACCAGGCUAUGAAAGCUCCACUGCCUCGCACACGCGUAAGACUACCGUGUGCAAGCAGCUGCUGCAGUCUCGCCUCCAAGCUAUCAAUUCGAUAGAAGAAAAGUUGGAGAAAAUCUCUAAGUACUCACUAAAGCUUAUGAAUGAACGAGACGAGUUAGCUCUAAUGAUGGCUUACGAGAAGGAACAGGCUAUCCGCCUUGCCGCCGCCGCUGGGGUCCCUACGCAUGGAAGAGGCUACGUGAUGUCGUUCUCAGUGGCUCUCGAACAGUGCUGCGAAGCUCUAUUAGAGCACAAUUAAGUCAAGUGAAGGUAAUCUUCGCUCGAAGAGGAAGAGAACAGGUAGCGACUAAAAAAUAAUCGUGCAAAUUUUCGAAUGCAAUUGUU